AUGAGUGAUCCUGGCUUCAAUAAUGAACCUGGACCCUCAAACACAGAGAGGAAGAGGAGCGGUGUUUCUGUGGAGGAGCAGUUGUCCUGCUGUGCUUUGUGUCAGGACAUCCUGAGGGAUCCACUCCCUACCAGCUGUGGACACUGGUUCUGCAGACAGUGCAUCACCUCAUACGGGAACCAGACUGGUUCACCAGGAGACUCCUCUUGUCCCCAGUGUGGACAAAGAUCCAGAACAAGACCUGGACUGCAAACAGCCAGUCAGACCAGCACUGUACAAACUGACAGUGGUCUGCAGGAGGUUUUAGAUGAACAUAAGGUUAUUCUACGCAGGAGCUGUGAACAUGUGACUGAAGGAACUGGUGAAGCAGGAAGUGGAACCCUCCUCAACAGGAUCUACACAGAGCUCUACAUCACAGAGGGACAGAGUGAAGAGGUUAAUACCCAACAUGAGGUGAGGCAGCUUGAGACAACUUCCAAGAUGGAGACUGUACAUGACACUCCACUCAAGUGCCAUGACAUCUUUAACGCCUUACCUGAACAACAGAGACCCAUCAGAGUGGUUCUGACAAAAGGUGUCGCUGGUGUUGGCAAAACUGUCUCAGUGCAGAAAUUCAGUCUGGACUGGGCAGAGGGCUUGGAGAACCAACACAUCAGUCUGCUGAUUCUGCUUUCGUUCAGGGAGCUGAACUUAAUCAGAGAUGAGCAGCACAGUCUUCUCAGGCUGCUCCAGGUUUUCCAUCCAACAUUACAGAAGGUCACAGCAGAGCAGCUCGCUGUCUGUAAAGUUCUGUUCAUCUUUGACGGCCUGGAUGAAAGCAGACUGUCACUGGAUUUCACCAACAGGGAGGUUGUGUCUGAUGUCACACAAAAGUCAUCAGCCAACGUGCUGCUGACAAAUCUCAUCCAGGGGAAUCUGCUUCCCUCGGCUCUCGUCUGGAUAACUUCCCGACCUGCAGCAGCCGGCCAGAUCCCUCCUACGUGUGUUGACAGGGUGACAGAAGUACGAGGCUUCACUGACGCUCAGAAGGAGGAGUACUUCAGGAGGAGAUUCAGCGAUGAAGAGCAGUCCAGCAGAAUCAUCUCGCACAUCAGGACAUCCAGGAGCCUCCAUAUCAUGUCUCAAGUCCCAGUCUUCUGCUGGAUCAUUGCUACAGUUCUGGAGCACAUGUUGACCACAGACCAAAGAGGAGAGCUGCCCAAGACCCUGACUGACCUGUACUCACACUUCCUGCUGGUUCAGACAAAGAGGAAGAAGUUCAAAUAUGAUGAGGGACAUGAGACAAGUCCACAGGAGCUGAUGGAGGCUGACAGGGAAGUUCUUCUGAAGCUGGGGAGGCUGGCCUUUGAACAUCUGGAGAAAGGAAACAUCAUGUUCUACCAAGAAGACCUGGAGCAGUGUGGUCUUGAUGUCACAGAGGCCUCGGUGUACUCAGGAGUCUGUACAGAGGUCUUCAAGAGAGAGAGUGUGAUCUUCCAAAAAACAAUCUACUGCUUUGUUCAUCUGAGCAUUCAGGAGUUCCUGGCUGCGGUCUACAUGUUCCACUGUUACACCAACAGAAACACAGAGGUACUGAAGGCUUUCCUGGGAAAAGACUACAAACACAGUGACUCCAACUCAAAGUCUUCUCUCUGGAAGAUUUCUAAGAUUUUUGGAAACAAGGAUAGCCGUCACCCAUCUCUGGAUGUCUUCCUGAGGAGAGCCAUGGAGAAAUCCCUUGAAAGUAACAAUGGCCACCUGGACCUGUUUGUUCGCUUCCUUCAUGGCCUCUCUCUGGAGUCCAACCAGAGAAUCUUAGGAGGUCUGCUGGGUCAGACAAAGAACAGUCCAGAAAUCACCCAGAGAGCCAUCACCAACCUGAAGAAGAUGAACAGAGAUGAUAUCUCUCCUGACAGAAGCAUCAACAUCUUCCACUGUCUGAUGGAGAUGAACGACCACUCAAUACAACAGGAGAUACAAGAGUUCCUGAGGUCAGAGAACAGGUCAGAGAAGGAACUCUCUGAGAUCCACUGCUCAGCUCUGGCCUACAUGCUGCAGAUGUCAGAGGAGGUUCUGGAUGAGUUGGACCCGAAGAAGUACAACACAUCACUGGAGGGACAACGGAGACUGAUCCCAGCUGUGAGGAACUGCAGGAAGGCUCAACUCGCUGAUUGUGGACUUUCAGAGACUCACUGUGAAAUCGUGGCCUCAGCUCUGAAGUCCAGCCCCUCCCUUCUGAGAGAGCUGGACCUGAGGAGAAACAGCCUGUGGGAUUCGGGAAUUAAACAGCUGUUGCCUGACAUCCUGAGGGAUCCCUCCCUACCAGCUGUGGACACUGGUUCUGCAGACAGUGCAUCACCUCAUACGGGAACCAGACUGGUUCACCAGGAGACUCCUCUUGUCCCCAGUGUGGACAAAGAUCCAGAACAAGACCUGGACUGCAAACAGCCAGUCAGACCAGCACUGUACAAAAGAAGCUGUGAACAUGUGACUGAAGGAACUGGUGAAGCAGGAAGUGGAACCCUCCUCAACAGGAUCUACACAGAGCUCUACAUCACAGAGGGACAGAGUGAAGAGGUUAAUACCCAACAUGAGGGGAAUCUGCUUCCCUCGGCUCUCGUCUGGAUAACUUCCCGACCUGCAGCAGCCGGCCAGAUCCCUCCUACGUGUGUUGACAGGGUGACAGAAGUACGAGGCUUCACUGACGCUCAGAAGGAGGAGUACUUCAGGAGGAGAUUCAGCGAUGAAGAGCAGUCCAGCAGAAUCAUCUCGCACAUCAGGACAUCCAGGGCCUCCAUAUCUGUCUCAAGUCCCAGUCUUCUGCUGGAUCAUUGCUACAGUUCUGGAGCGAUGUUGACCAGAGGAGAGCUGCCCAAGACCCUGACUGACCUAAACACAGAGGUACUGAAGGCUUUCCUGGGAAAAGACUACAAACACAGUGACUCCAACUCAAAGUCUUCUCUCUGGAAGAUUUCUAAGAUUUUUGGAAACAAGGAUAGCCGUCACCCAUCUCUGGAUGUCUUCCUGAGGAGAGCCAUGGAGAAAUCCCUUGAAAGAGGGAUACAAGAAACAAGUCCUGAAAGUCACGGAGACAGGAUUCAAGAGAAAGGAACUUUCCUCUUGGAGAAAUUCCACGCCUCAGCUCUGGCCUACAUGCUGCAGAUGUCAGAGGAGGUUCUGGAUGAGUGGACCGAAGAAGUAACAACACAUCACUGGAGGGACAACGAGAGAACUGAUUCCACAGUACUCGCUGAUUGUGGACUUUCAGAGACUCACUGUGAAAUCGUGGCCUCAGCUCUGAAGUCCAGCCCCUCCCUUCUGAGAGAGCUGGACCUGAGGAGAAACAGCCUGUGGGAUUCGGGAAUUAAACAGCUGUCUGCUGGAUUGAGAGAGUCCAAACUACUCGCUGAUUGUGGACUUUCAGAGACUCACUGUGAAAUCGUGGCCUCAGCUCUGAAGUCCAGCCCCUCCCUUCUGAGAGAGCUGGACCUGAGGAGAAACAGCCUGUGGGAUUCGGGAAUUAAACAGCUGUCUGCUGGAUUGGAGAGUCCAAACUGUAGACUGGAGAUUCUGAGAUUGAGUGGCUGCAAUAUGUCAGAGAUCAGCUAUUCUUCUCUGAUCUCAGCUCUGAAGUCCAACCCCUCCCAGCUGAGAGAACUGGAGCUGAGAGGAAACUUGGACCUGCAGGAUUCAGGAGUGAAGGAGCUGUGUGGUUUUCUGGGGAGUCCAGACUGUAGACUGAAGACUCUGAGAUUGAGGUGUUGCUUUUUGUCAGCGAUCAGCUGUGCUUCUCUCGUCUCUGCUCUGAAGUCCAACCCCUCCCAUCUGAGAGAACUGGAGCUGAGUAGAAACAACCUGCAGGAUUCAGGAGUGAAGGAGCUUUGUGGUUGUCUGAAGAAUCCAGACUGUAGACUGGAGACUCUGAGAUUGAGUGACUGCAAUUUGUCAGCGAUCAGCUGUGCUUCUCUCGUCUCUGCUCUGAAGUCCAACCCCUCCCAUCUGAGAGAACUGGAGCUGAGUGGAAACAACCUGCAGGAUUCAGAGCUGUACGAGCUGUGUGAUCUUGUUGAGAGUCCACACUGUAGACUGGAGACUCUGAGGGUCAACAACAGGGUGUUUAAAGCUUCCACAGACAAAACAUUGAGUGUGCAGCCUGCUGCUGAAGAGGAAGAUUUGUGCUCACAGAAUUCAUCAUCGUCAAAUAAAGCAGACACAAAGCUGUAUGUGUCUGAGGAUGACACAAAGCUGAUGAGGCCUCCAACAGACUUCACGCCUGAACUGCAAACUGAAUCUGCACAAGUCUCAUACAGGUUCAGGUGUCCUGGUCCAGGUGGGUUCCAGUGUACUUCUACUGGACUGGUGUUUGUUAUGGCUCAGGAGGCGGAGUUGCUCUACAGGACCGUCCAAUGGGACGAGAGCCUCCUCCAAUCAGCUGGCAAGGCGGCUGCAGGGCCGCUGUUCAGUAUCAAGUGUUCUGAGGAUGCUGUGUGUCAGCUCCACCUCCCACACUGUGAAACAAAGGAUGCUCUGCUCUCUGAAGGCCUGCUGUCUGUCGUCCACAUCUCUGAUGAUGGAAUGAGCAUCCUCGAACCGCUGGAGAUCACAGACACCCAUGUGAUUGUCAAAGUCCCUCAUCUCUCUUCCUUUGGCCUAGCCUGGGCUUUGGAGGUUUUACAGAGGUUAUGGAACAACAUGAAAACAGUUAGCGGCCAGGUUUUGCUGUUCCUCCGACCACCAAACCCAAAAACACAGAAGCAAAACCUCAACGUGUUUCUCCUGCCAAACAACAUCCCUCUGGAAGAGGUGAGCGCAAGACAGCGAAAUUCUAAGUACAUCCAGGCACCUCCCAAAUGCAAACUCACCAAAGAUCAAAGUUACUCUGUUCACUGUCUGAAGGCCUUUAAAAUACAGCCUGAGACAGAAGAUCUCGAUCUGGAUUUUGGACCAAAUUACCACCCCAUGUUUGAGAUCCGCCUGCCUGCAAACACAGAAGAGGCGACUAUAACGGUCCGAGACCAAACAAACGCACAUGUCUGGGAGCGUGAAGUUGACCUGACGGGUCCGGGUCUAGCAGGGAGUCCAGCCAUCCCAGCGGACAGGGGUGUCCCGGUAUGGACUCAGAAUGUCCCAGCAGAAGAGAUGCUGAUGACUGUUCGGACACAGUUUAUCAACAGAGUGUCUGAACCUGUUCUACAUAAGCUUCUGGAUAAACUCCUGGAGCGCGGGGUGAUAACGGAUGAUGAAAUGGAGUCUGCUGCAACACUGAACCGGCCAGACAAAGCUCGAGUGGUGAUCGACAUGGUGCGAAGAAAAGGAUCACAAGCCAGUUCAGCUCUGAUCGCUGCUCUCUAUGAGGAGGAUUCAUGCCUCUCAGCAGAGCUGCACCUGAUGUGAUGUGAGCUGCACCUGCUCCCUAUACUGGCCGAUGAAGAUAAUAAAGGUGAGAGUGAAGAGGACACGUGUUUGAGUGUGUGUGUGUGUCGUGAUGAUCCAGAGGGGUUGAAGCAGCAGCAGCAGCAGCAGCAGCAGCAGCAGCUCGUGUGGAGAGAGGCUCUGACUGGGUCGUGUUACUUGGAGGUAGGGUGGAGAGGAGAGCUUCAUCCAGCAGUGACUGACAGAGGAACCAGACGAAGUGGAGAUGACUGUCAGCUCCGCUGGCAGACACGAUGUCAAGGCCACCAUCAUCUGUGUGCUCAUCAGUGUAUUGUACCGCUCUGCUGCUGCUCUGUCCUUCUACACAGUCUCUAUAGACACACUGAGACUCCUGCACUCCUUCUGCUCCACACUCCACCAGCAACUCCACCCUCCACCUGGAAUUUUUCUUCUUUCCUGAUUCAGGAAAAAAAAAAAUAUAUAUAUAUGUUUUUGUUCUUAUUUCAUAUGUAUUAAUGAUUGUAUUUUGUAGCAGAUUGUGCUAUUUGUCUUUUGGAUAUGAGGAUGCAGCCGCCUGUCUGCAGGUGCAAAGUUAAAAAAGUAAGUUUAGGUAUCAUUCAUCUUAGUGUGGGGUUAAAUGUUAAGCAUUGUUUGAUUGUUUCUGUAUAUUUGGAUUUUCAUUUUUGGAUUCUCAUGUAAAAUGUGUGUAUGACUAUUCUGUAACAUAUAUGCUGCACAGAAAGAGAUGUUUUUUUAUUUUUGUGCAGAACAGAUAUAAUGAAGCACAAUGUAGUGUAUGAUCUCACUUUUCUCAACCGAGUGUGGGCCAAGCACCAAGCAGCAAAUUUAGUUCAUUUUUACACCAGAAGUGUGAAGUCUGACCUUCAGUCCAGGGUGUUGAUGUUAUGUAAAGUUAUUACAUGCUUUGCUUUCUCGUGCUCGAAUUGUUGUAGAUC